GGCAGGGGCUGAUGGGCUUUGGGGCGCCCAGGGGCCGCGAGGGAGGCGCGAGCACCGGAUGGUCCGGACCGGCGAGAUCCGAAGGCGGCGGCCGGGCAGCCCCUUUGCCUCGGCGCGGCGCGGCGCUACCCGGGAAGGGCGGCGCCUGCCCUGACCGCGCCUUCGCCCGGGUUGCCUGGCGGGCCGUCGAGAGGGAGCGCGGGGGUCGCCCGGAGCGCUCCAGGAAAGCAUUUGCGCCGCCAGCGCUCCUCCGGCGCCCUCAGCCUCCCGAACGGGCGCGGUCGAGGAGGAGCAGCGGCGGAACCGGGGCUCCCGGGGCGCGAAGCGGCGUCUCCCCCGGCGGCGCCGGAGUCCCUGGCCAGCCCGCGAAGGAGCGGAUGGACGGGCUCCCGAGCGUCGGCCAGCCCGCGCAGCUGCAGCUGUGCCCAUAAUUCCCAGGAAGGCCAGAGGGACGAAGGGGACCUGUGGGGAAGACGGUCGUCCACCCAGAACCACUGACAAGGCUGUCCUCUUCCUGGCCAGGGCAGCCUUUCCACGAAGGAGCAGGGAGGCUCGUGGGAUGCUGCUUCCUCUCCUAAGGCAGUGCACGUGGGUGUCUCAGCACGGUAGACCCCUCUUCUGGUUCCGCUGAGGGGGAAGCCUUGCAACCCAGGAAGCUGCAGGCAAGAGCAGCUUCUGCUGUUGGGGAAGUGAAAGGGGGAGCGUCCCUCCUUUCUCCCCCUUCACUUCACUUCUUUGGAGGCCAGAAGACUAAAGGACCCCACCCCCAGACCCAAUUUCUAGAGAAGCCAGGCACAGAUGCACCCAGGUACCAGCAGCAACGGAGCUGAGUGGGAGCAACAUCAGGGAAAGGAAGAAGAACCACCGCUCUUUAAUUUACUCUGAGAAAACCUCUUAAUUAGCCUCAUUUGGCAGCUCCCCAGCAGGCACCAGCGCAGACCGGGGAAGCGGGCAUUUGGCACUUGGGGAUGCUCUGAGCAGCCAGCCGCUCAGCGUCAUCAGGCUCUGCUGCUCCUGCCAGCCCCACCGCUCGCUCACUCUGUGGACUCGGGCCGGGCCUCAGUUGCCUACCGUGCAGCCAGCUCUCCCCAGGCUCCAGCCCUGCUUCCGGCAAGAAUGAACGAAAUCCUGGACCCAGCAUCCCAGUCCAACCUGGGGGUCGUCUCGGCCACCUGCGUCUCCAAGGUGGAGCUCCGCGUCUGCUGCAAGCACCUGCUCGACCGGGACACCCUCAACAAGUCAGAUCCCUGCGUCGUCCUCCUCAUGCAGUCCCAAGGACAGUGGGCCGAGGUGGACAGAUCCGAGGUCAUCAAAAGCAGCCUGAACCCAGUCUUCGCCAAGGUGUUUAUGGUGGACUAUUACUUUGAGGAAGUGCAGAAGCUGCGCUUUGAAGUCUAUGACAUCCACGGGCACGGCAGCAGCACGGGGACCCACGAUGAUGAUUUCCUGGGAGGCAUGGAGUGCACAGUGGGGCAGAUCGUGGCUCAAAAGCGGGUGAGCAAGCCGCUCUUUCUCAAGUACGGGAAGUCCGCCGGCAAGUCCACCAUCACAGUGACCUCAGAAGAGAUAUCUGGAGACAACGGCUUUGUGGAACUGUUCUUUCGGGCAAAGAAGCUGGAUGACAAGGAUCUUUUCAGUAAGUCAGAUCCCUUUCUGGAGAUCUACCGGAUCAAUGAUGAUGGAAGUGAGCAGCUGGUACACCGGACUGAGUUUGUCAAGAACAACCUGAGCCCCAUCUGGGAACCCUUCAAAGUGUCCCUGAACUCCCUCUGCAGCUGUGAAGAGAAGCGGAAGCUGAGGUGUGUCGUCUUGGACUAUGACUCCCGAGGGAAGCACGACUUCAUUGGAGAGUUUUACACCACUUUUGAGGAGAUGCAGAAAGCCACAGGUGGCAACAAGAUCCAAUGGGACUGCAUGAAUCCCAAGUACAAACUGAAGAAGCGAAACUACCGAAAUUCAGGGGUGGUCAUUCUCCUAGACCUGAAGAUCCACAGGGUCUACUCUUUCCUGGAUUACAUCAUGGGCGGCUGCCAGAUCCACUUCACGGUGGCCAUUGACUUCACAGCCUCCAACGGGGACCCCCGAAACAGCUGCUCCCUGCACUACAUCAACCCUUAUCAGCCCAACGAAUACCUGAAGGCCCUGGUGGCCGUGGGGGAGAUUUGCCAGGACUACGACAGUGACAAGAAAUUCUCUGCCUUGGGCUUCGGAGCAAGGAUCCCCCCCAAUUAUGAAGUCUCCCACGAUUUUGCCAUUAACUUCAAUCCUGAGAACGAUGAGUGUGAAGGCAUCCAGGGGGUGGUGGAGUCCUACCAGAGUUGCUUGCCCAAGAUUCAGCUCUACGGCCCAACCAAUGUGGCGCCCAUCAUCUCCAAAGUCGCCAAAGUAGCCGCUAAUGAAGAAAAAACCCAGGAAGCUUCGCAAUACUUCAUCCUGCUGAUCUUAACUGACGGGGUUGUGACUGACAUGGCGGACACGCGGGAAGCCAUCGUCCGGGCCUCCUACUUGCCCAUGUCCAUCAUCAUUGUGGGGGUGGGCAACGCCGACUUCACGGACAUGCAGAUCUUGGAUGGGGAUGAUGGGAUCCUUCGCUCCCCCAAAGGCGAGCCUGUCAUGCGGGACAUUGUGCAGUUCGUCCCCUUCCGAGAGUUCAAGAAUGCUUCGCCCACCGCCCUGGCCAAGUGUGUGCUGGCAGAGGUGCCCAAGCAGGUGGUUGACUAUUACAGCUCCAAGGCCUUGCCCCCCCGUGGCCCCGAAGGGAGCAGCCCUGGCUCUACUCUGAACUCACCGCAGUGAACCCACCGGACCUCAGCCUCCCUGCGUCUGUCUCCCCCCCUCGUGCUUGUUCUCCAGCAAGAAGGUCGGCCGAGAGCUGCUCCUCCCACCGCACAGAGCAGGACGUCUCCUGCGUCCCCCUCGCUAUUUCGGCACCGGGACAGCCAGGUUGUGCAAGAGGCCAGCAAGUCCAGGAAUGGCCCUGUGAGGAGGGAGGGCAGCCCCCCCAAAACAGAUGGCAUAGAGAGUGGGCAGCCUGGGCAGCAGGGGCUCCCAGCUGGGCAAUGCCAAGGGGCAGCAGGAUUGCAAAGGAAAGAGAGGAAGGUAAAGAGGAAGAAGUAGGCCAAGAGGGGAAGCGGGAGUGAUGCCCUUUGCCCGUCAUCACUGUCGCUCAGAUACAUCCACACGUGCAAAGAAAACUCCUCUUUGCCCUUCUUUUGCUCUGUCUCAAGCGGGAAUAAACGUCCGUAUGUUUUAUAGCCGCCCCCAAGGGUAGAGCAGCUCCCCUUCUCUUUGUAAUGGGGCACCCUGGAAAGAGAAAUAAAGCAGGGGCAUUCUGGGCUGGGGGGGGCAGAAAGCAGAGGCAUCCCAAGGGGCAGAGUGGGUCCGAAAGCCCCCCAGGCUGGGCCCCUGAGCCUGCCUUCCACAGAGGAGCCCAGGACCAUCUCUGGAGGGUUUCAGCUUUUGGGAAUGGACCUUCAGCACCCCAGCUCUUCCCACACCAGCACCUUGGCAAAGUGGGGUGCGGCAGAGAGACCCUUGCCACAAGUGGGGUGUCGCAGCAGGGCCCCCUCCCUUCUGUGUGCAGAGAGGGCUCAGAUGCUGGGCUCAGAUGCCAGGUAUGCAGCAUCAAAGGAGCCCAUCCGUGUUGCAAAAGCGCUUCAGUCCAUUUCACAGCCGCCUCCUGUGCGUGGGCGGUUUGGGUCCGGGCCCUCUUUCCCCUCUGUGCACUCCAUGGUCGUCUUUUGCUGUGAUGUGUCAUUUGCUGAUGGUUGCAUGAGAAAUCCUAGAUGUACCCAGGA